CUCCGCUGAGUCUGUCCGCGCUUCGCUGCUGCCGCCGCCCCCUAUCCCGGCCCCCUCCCCCCUCCGGGUUCCCUCUGCCCAUCUCGGUCCAGCCCGGUUCCUGGGAGGAUGAAGUUCGUGUACAAAGAGGAACAUCCGUUCGAGAAGCGCCGCUCCGAGGGCGAGAAGAUCCGAAAGAAAUAUCCGGACCGGGUCCCGGUGAUAGUAGAAAAAGCUCCCAAAGCUCGAAUAGGAGACCUGGACAAAAAGAAAUACCUGGUGCCUUCUGAUCUCACAGUUGGUCAGUUUUACUUCUUGAUCCGGAAGCGAAUUCAUCUCCGAGCUGAGGAUGCCUUGUUUUUCUUUGUCAACAAUGUCAUUCCACCUACCAGUGCCACUAUGGGUCAGCUAUACCAGGAACACCAUGAAGAAGACUUCUUUCUAUACAUUGCCUACAGUGAUGAAAGUGUCUAUGGUCUGUGAAGCUGCUGCCCCUGAAGUGGGGAUCCCAUACUACAAAAAGAGAGGUGGCGCCCCUUCCUUGACCUCCAUCUCCUCCUUCCGGCUCAAAAAACAUCUCCCUUCUUCAGGACCUGUGCUUAAUAUUUGAGGCUUUCUCUGCAGCCCCUCUUUGCAGAAGGGGUAAUGGUGGACAUGGCCUCUUAUACCUCUCCUUUCUUCCCCCUCCUACCCUACUUUGCUUUAGACUUGAUUGUCAGUCUCUGCCACAUCCAGUAAUUGUUUUGGUUUCUAUUUCCUUUCUAACUGUCCAUGAGGGUCAGAACCGCAACAUCCAACAAUUCCUUUUCUCAACCUUUUCUGGGGGUACAUGGAAGGGACUGAAAUUGUGGGGGAAGGUUGGAGGCACAUCAAUAAAGGAAACAACCAAGUUGAACUGAA